AUGAUCGACAUUGCUACUCAUUACUCUAGGUCAGAUCGCGCGUUGGCCGACUCGCUGGCAUCCGAGCUUCGCACCAAACCGCUCUGUGACGUGUACGAUCAUACAUUGCGCAUUCCUCAUCAGCACCAUCGAGGAGAUAGCCAAUUUUCCUCAGGUAUCGGAUCGAUGCACAUGUCACUCGGCCCACAUCGGCCCACCCCCAAACACCACUUUCGGCCAGCGACGAUCACCUCCGCCACCCCCACAUCGUUCACCCUUGUCGUCAACGUCGAGCGACCACUCGUAUGCGAUCACUUGCCCUAA